AUGAUGGAAUUAAAUAGAACGCGCAAAGGGUCGCUGCCUGGAGGUUGCCAGGGCGCGUCUGGAGCUGGCGCUGGACGCGACAGCAUGCGAACCGCCAGCCGAGCGCGAGGUGCUGCACGACCACCCAGCAGCCCCUCGCAUCCAUCAUCCCCACCAGCUGGCUUGGUGUUGGCAGGGUCUUCGCGGGCCCAGCAAUCGACACCCGCCACUGGUGGAGUACGCCGCAUGCGUUGGACAACUCAGAUAAACAGCAACGCAUUGCGGGCGUAUUUUAGGGCGAAAGGGGGAGAAACUGGAGGUUUUGCUUAUCGGGAAACGAUGCAUCGACUUUUUGCUGAGCUGGAGCCAUCUGUAACCGUCACCGAGCAAAACCUGGCAGACCAAGUUCGGUAUAUCUUGCGCUCAAAUACAUUUGAUGUCACCGAACUCGAACGGCUACGACGUGAGGCUGUUCCUUCAUCGGGUGAAAAUGCUGUGGCUGAGGAUGCGGCGCCACAACUUGCUGAGCAAACGGCAAAUGUGAAUGCCGCCGUAAAUACGCCAGUUGUGGUUGAUUGA